AUGUCUCGGAAUACGUCGCCGACUGCUGUUCUCGGAUCAGAGGGCUACAAGGCGAAUGCUAGCCGGAGGCGUGCAAAAGAGUGUUUCGCCGAAAGACUGGUGCAGGCCAACCUCUGGGCUGGCUGUCUAGAAACGCUGGCUGACGGGAAUGCCAGUCUGACCUCUGGCGCCGAGUUCGGCGACAAGCAGCAGCCUGCAGGAAUCGUGACAUGUGUGAAGACAGGGGGGAACCGCGCAGGCGGCUCAGGGGACAAGGAACCACCAAGCAGUGGAGACGCGGCUGCAGGCCCCAUUACGGCCUUCACACCACCUGGCUCUAGCAUAAGCAUAUUUUUGACGCUGACUACGUUGGCUGCCGUGGAGGCGCAUGUCGUGGUGGAGAGUAAAGCGGACGCCCUGUUGAAGAAAAAAAUGAGCUACCGAAAAGACAAGCUAUGUAGGGGCCGGGUACGAACGGUGCAAGAGGGCGCCAAGAUGCAGGCCGAUAUCCGAGUGAAAUGUUCAAUCGACAAAGCGUCCUCCCCCCCGCACCCCCAUCUGGGCCAAGCCCGAGGCGCCUCACCAAUGGAGGUCUCUGCCCUGUUCAUGUGGCUCGACUUCACCCUUAUCGUCCUAGCUCCAAUUUCUUCAUCUGGCGUCUACACCGCUCCCCAGCGUCCAGCAACUUCUGCGGAUCCCUGCGUAGCAACACCUUCUUCAUCGUCCCCUCACCUGCCACCGUCCAUGUCGAAGCCACAUUUUUGUCUCUGUUGGAAGAGGAACUCUCCCUUCUUAGCGAUGAUCACUGGCCACGGGGACACAGGCGUCGGCACGCCCUAA